AUGGCACCUCAAGUUCCGUCUAAUCCAGAUGAGGUAAUGGUUAUCCGAAAUGUCACGCCUGAUAUUGUGACGUUGAGCCUGCCUUUUUCGCCCUUCGGUGGUGUUAAAUUUGGUGGCCGUGGGACUCUGGAGCUAAACAUUGCCGGUGCGUUGAUAGUUCGCCUAGCUACCGGGUCUAUCGCAGUCUUCUCUCCCGUUCCGCUUACAAGUCGAGUACACGAGGCAAUUACCAACUUGGGCGGCGGGGAAAUCAAGUAUAUUGCAGCAUUAAAUAUUGAACACCACCUAAACCUCACCCAAUGGAAAACCGCAUUCCCCAGCGCUGCUAUCAUCGCUCCUGAAGGCCUCUGGGAGAAACGACAAGCCGUCCCAGAGUUCAAAGAUACUCCCUUUGGACAUAUAUUCCGCGCCGAUGCACCCCCGAAGAUAUCAGAGGAGUUCGACGAUGAAGUCACAGUGGAAUAUGUCCACAGCCAUCAAUCCAAGGAACUAGUCUUCUUACACAAGCCUUCCAAGACGGUUAUCGAGGCUGAUCUAGUUCUAAACUUGCCAGCCACGGAACAAUACUCUCGAACGGGCGAAAGUGCCACAUCUGGCCUUCUGAACAAACUACUGAAGCCUCUGGCGUCGACGGAAAUGUCGGCAUUUUGGCAGAAAAAGUUCGUGUGGCAUGUUUCCUCUAUGUCAGAUCGCAAGGGCUUCGGCGACUCGAUGAAGCGCAUUAAGGCCUGGGAAUUUGAUCGCAUCAUUCCCUGCCAUGGGGAUGUUAUCGAGCAUGAUGCCCAUCAAGUGUUCCUGAGUGUUAUGGCUCCGUUUAUAAAUUGA